AUGCCGGACAAGCUGCUUAUCGCAUACAUCAUCGCCGACGCCCUCUUCCUGGGCGGUGGUGCGGCGAUGCUUGCUGUUGCUUUGACAAGCAGAGACAAAAUCCAAUCAGCACCGACCCUGGACAAUGUCGCAGAGAGGCUGCUCCUUUCUCACUGUCCACAGCUGGGACUGAUCAUCUGGUUUUUGACACUGAGGACGAGGUCCACGUUGAACGUGGCUUGGGGCAACGAGACGCCCGAAGUACAGAGCCUGCUCCAGCAACGGUUCAACUGCUGCGGCUACCUGAACAGUACUUCACCACCGUAUCAAGUCGACUCGACGUGUCCGACGGAUCUCGACGCGGCCCAGAAGCAAGGCUGCGUGGGACCGUUUUCCAACUUUGCGAAUAGUUUCCUUGAUGUGAUAUUUACGGCGGAUUUUGGGAUCGUUGCUAUCGAUGCCGUCUUGCUCUUGUGUAUUGCAAUGGUCCUCAAAGACCGCAAAGAGCGUGCGAGAUAUCGCUUGAUCGACGCUAAAAAUGGCUUUGGUACGAUUUGA